UAGUUCUUUUUGGUGUGUGUGAGAUCGGAAAUAUGUACGAUGUGAUGUUGGAAGAGGCGAAGGUGUGGCUCGACGAACCUCCACAGCGUAAGCGGAAACUCGAAGCUCCGAUCAUUCCUCCACCACCACCACCUUGUCCAGCAGUAGUAGACGAGGAUUCCUCCGACGAAGAGGUAGAUCCGGUGGCAUUGGCGAAGUAUCGACGACAAGUAUCCGAAUCUGGCGGUUUCGACGUGGACUUGUUCUUUCAACCUUUUGGUGGGAUAAUUCCCGGUGGCUGUAAUGACCACAGCUUACUCUUCGGGAAGGUCGGACUCCAUUGUUACAACCUUCAAAAGGGUACUAACUUGCAGUUCAAGAAAGUCACCAAAGUCAAUACACAAAUCUGUUCAAUUUUAUCGUUUUACAUCACACUGGAGGCCAUUGAUCCUGCCCAGGACGACUCACCUGUUACUUUCCAGACCUGUGUCACCGAUACUGUGCUCAUGCACCAAGCACGUUUGAGAACCUUCACAACUACUUGCAGAAUCAAGCCUCAAGUCCCAGGAACGGGAGAAUUAGGUUCCAGUUGGUACCCGGAUAGACAUGUUGAUCCCUGUUACAAAGUUGAUUUGCCUAAUUGGCUACAAGAUGAUGUACUUACAGGAGAGGAUAAGCUUCAAUUCUAUGAGGUGAAAGAUUGGGAGCUGAAGGACAACCAGUGGCUUUAUCUAUACGCUGAGUUUGCAUUGUUCUCCUAUUUCGAGGAUGACCUGAGCGAUUAUAUGCCAUUUGAGAUGAGGAAAGUAGUGGUGCAAACAAAGGAAGAUAUGAAGCUCAAGUCGGGCAAUGCAGUCUUCUUCCUAAGUUUCAAGACCCGUGCUGGUCAAGAGUGCAGAGGUAUCGUAAGGAGAACUACUGAUGGAAAACCUGGACACAUGUGCCUUGAAGCUAGGUGUUGGAUCGACAAGUAGAGUUGCUGGUGUGACCCAAUCUCUAUUUAACUGGCAGAAGGGUUAUUACUGGUUUAAGUGUUUUUUUGCUAGACCUUGUAUUGCCACUUUACACCUAAUUUUUAAGUUAGACUUGCAGAUUUAAGUAAGAUAAUUUUUUUUCUUUAAAGUGAAGUUAAAGUAAUGAUCAAGUUGUGGUAGAUUGCAUACAUUCUACACUGGCAAGUGAAGUUCUCUUCAGAAGAAUGUUGUACAUAAUGCUCAUUAAUUUUAAACUAAUCAAGUUUUGUCAA